UGCAGUUUGGCGCAAGUUGUUGACGCAUUAAUCCAGUGAAGUACAAGCCCAUUUUUAAUUACAUUUUCCCGUGAUAUUCUGCUGUGCAGCGUCUAGAAAUUCAGAAUGCCGAAGAACAAGAAGGAAGCCAGCUCUUCUGAUAGCGAUUCUGGUCCGGAAGACAGGACUCCGGCGCCAAAAAAGACCAAAACGGACGAGAAGAAGCAGUCAUCAUCGUCCGGAAACGAUUCAAACGUCGAAUGGCAUCUCGAUGGAAAAAGGUAUGUUAAAAUCAAUGAAUUCAGGGGCCGCCAGAUGGUGGAUAUCCGAGAGUACUAUGAGAAGGAUGGGGAACUACUUCCCGGCAAGAAGGGGAUCAGUCUUACUCCACUUCAGUGGAAGAAGCUCCUUGGGCUUGGGGAUGAAAUAAAUAAGCAGCUCAACUGAGAGGCUUACAGGGCCACUUCAACCACAAAAAACUGGAUUUUUCAUCUUUUAUUACUUGAAAUAUUUUGUUAAUAUGAAAGUUCUUGUGCAUUCUUGAAUAAUUACAGCACAUUCUUUGCUUA